GCUCUGCCGAUCUCCAGUAUCGAUCCGCCCCCCUCGUUUGUGAGCCUCCAGAUGAAAACCACGAGAAGAAGAAGAGUCCGCCUCCAAGUCACGGCUGUAUUUUUCCGUGAGAGGAAACAUUUCAUCUGCUUCAGCGACUCGGACUUCUGUUCAGGUUUUCAGAGAGUUCAUUACUGAGAGGAUAAAAGCUGCUGCUGCAGAAAUCUUCACUGCGUUGGAAGAAAGGAUGGUUCCGUGUACGGAGGAGCUGGAUGUCCAGGACAGACUGCUGGGAGUCAGCGGGGGAGCUCAGAGGGACUUCCCCACAACAGAGAGGCCCCAGCAGCACAUUGGUGACCAGAGGACGACGUCCACUGUGGAGCAGGAGGAACAUGAAGCUCCACACAUGAAAGAGGAGGAGGAUCCUGUUGAGGAGGGUGUUCCUGAUGGUGGAAGUGAAAAUCCCCACCACUCUCUGAGAGACCUGACCAGCCAGAGACUGACUGCUGCUGCUGCUGUGGAAAUCUCCAGCGUGUUUGAACAGACUCUGGUCCAGUACCAGGAGGAGUCUGAUGGUCGCCGCAGACUGCCGGCCGUCAUCUGGAACCCUCAGAUCCAGCUCCACAGAGCAGAGCUGCAGCAAACAUGUGGGAAAAGUUUUAAUAACCGAAGUCAUUUGUUGCGCCACAUAAGAUCUCACACAGGUGAGAAGCCAUAUCCUUGUGAAAUAUGUGGGAAAUGUUUCCGUGUUCAGCACGCUUUAUUGUACCACAAGAGAUCUCACACAGGUGAGAAGCAAUAUCCUUGUGAAACAUGUGGGAAAAGUUUUAUUAACCAGAGUCAUUUGUUGGUCCACAAGAGAUCUCACACGGGUGAGAAGCCAUAUUCUUGUGAAACAUGUGGGAAAGGUUUCAAUCAGAACAGUCAUUUGUUGGUCCACAAGAGAUGUCACACAGGUGAGAAGCCGUUUCCUUGUGAAACAUGUGGAAAAAGUUUCCGUGAUCAGAGUGCUUUACUGAUCCACAAGAGAUCUCACACAGGUGAGAAGCCAUAUCCUUGUGAAUCAUGUGGGAAAGGUUUCCGUGAUCCGAGCUCUUUAUUGGUCCACAAGAGAUCUCACACAGGUGAGAAGCCAUAUCCUUGUGAAACAUGUGGGAAAAGAUUUAAUAACCGGAGUCAUUUGUUGGUCCACAUGAGAUCACACACAGGUGAGAAGCCAUAUCCUUGUGAAACAUGUGGGAAAAGUUUUAUUAACCGAAGUCAUUUGUUGGUCCACAUGAGAUCUCACACAGGUGAGAAGCCAUAUCCUUGUGAAACAUGUGGGAAAAGUUUCAGUGGGCACAGUAAUUUGGUGGUCCACAUGAGAUCUCACACAGGUGAGAAGCCAUAUCCUUGUGAAUCAUGUGGGAAAGGUUUCCGUGAUCCGAGCACUUUAUUGGUCCACAAGAGAUCUCACACAGGUGAGAAGCCAUAUCCUUGUGAAACAUGUGGGAAAAGUUUCAUUACUCGGAGUUAUUUGUUGGUCCACAAGAGAUUUCACACAGGUGAGAAGCCAUAUCCUUGUGAAACAUGUGGGAAAAGUUUCAUUACCCGGAGUUAUUUGUUGGUCCACAAGAGAUAUCACACGGGUGAGAAGCCAUAUUCCUGUGAAACAUGUGGGAAAGGUUUCAAUCAGAACAGUCAUUUGUUAGUCCACAUAAGAUCUCACACAGGUGAGAAGCCGUAUCCUUGUGAAACAUGUGGGAAAAGUUUCGGUCAUCGUUCUUCUUUGCGACGCCACAUGAAAAUUCACUUGGAAAUGAGGUGA